AUGAAGGAAAAUGUGCCAUCCACAGUGGUUUUCAUUUUGCUACUUUUUCUCAACAUCAGCCUUCUGAAUGGACAGUCACCUCCGGGAAAACCUGAGAUCUUCAAAUGUCGUUCUCCCGAAAAGGAAACAUUCACCUGCUGGUGGAAGCCGGGGGCGGAUGGAGGACUUCCUACCAACUACACGCUGACUUACCACAAGGAAGGAGAAACAUUCACCCAUGAAUGUCCAGACUACAAAACUGGCGGCCCUAACUCCUGCUACUUCAACAAGAAGCACACCUCCAUAUGGACAAUAUACAUCAUCACAGUGAACGCCACGAACCAGAUGGGAAGCAGUUCCUCGGAUCCACGUUACGUGGAUGUGACUUACAUAGUUGAACCAGACCCUCCUGUGAACCUGACUUUGGAAUUAAAAAAGCCCGAAGACCAAAAGCCAUAUCUGUGGAUCAAAUGGCUUCCACCCACCCUGGUUGACGUAAGAUCUGGUUGGCUCACACUCCAGUAUGAAAUUCGAUUACAACCUGAGAAAACAGCUGAGUGGGAGACUCAUUUCGCUGGGCAGCAGACUCAGUUUAAGAUUCUCAGCUUGUAUCCAGGACAGAAAUACCUUGUCCAGGUUCGCUGCAAGCCGGACCAUGGAUUCUGGAGUGAGUGGAGAGAGAGCUCCAUCCAGAUACCUAAUGACUUCUCAAUGAAAGAUACAACCAUGUGGAUCUUCGUGGCUAUUCUUUCUGCUGUCGUCUGUUUGAUUAUGAUCUGGGCAGUGGCUUUGAAGGGCUAUAGCAUGGUGGCCUGCAUCCUUCCGCCAGUUCCAGGGCCAAAAAUAAAAGGAUUUGACACCCAUCUGUUGGAGAAAGGCAAGUCCGAAGAGCUUCUGAGCGCCCUGGGAUGCCAAGACUUCCCCCCCACUUCCGACUGCGAGGACCUGCUGGUGGAGUUCCUGGAGGUGGAUGACAGCGAGGACCAGCAGCUGAUGCCAGCCCACUCCAAGGAACACCCGAGCCAAGGCCGGAAGCCCACACACCUGGAUCCCGACAGCGAUUCCGGCCGGGGCAGCUGUGACAGCCCUUCCCUUUUGUCCGAAAAGUGCGAUGAACCGCGGGCCAAUCCCCCCAAGUUUCACACUCCCGAGGGCAUCGAGAAGCCAGGGGAUCCUGAAACAAACCUUCCCCGUCCCCAGGACCCUCAGAGCACAAGCGUGGAAAGCAAGCUGCUCUAUUUUCACGCGGAUGGAUCCAAGUCUUCGACUUGGCCUUUGCCGCAGCCCCCGAUCCUGCACGAUCCGGGAUCUUCUUACCACAACCUUGCCGACGUGGGUCAGCUGGUCCUGGGCACCGCAGGGGCCACCGCCGCUUUGCUGGAAAAAACGGACCGACAUGCUUUCAACCCUCCAAAAACCACCGAGACUGGCGGGGAAGGAAGGGCAACCGAGCAGAAGGAGUCGGAGAGCUUCCACUCCAAGACUGACCAAGGCACAGUGUGGCUGCUGCCCCAGGACAAGGGGCCCUUUGUCUCCCCUAAGCCCAUGGAGUACGUGGAGAUACACAAGGUCAGCAAAGAUGGAGCACUGGCGUUGCUCCCAAAACAGCAGGAGAACGGCGACCGGCCGGAGAAGGCUGGCGCCCCUGAAACCAGCAAGGAAUACGCCCAGGUGUCCCGGGUGAUGGAUAACCACAUCCUGGUGUUAGUGCAGGAUCCGCGAGCUCGAAACGUGGCUCCGUUUGAAGAACCAACCAAGGAGACCCCGCCAUCCCGGCCGCAGAAUCCAGCUGCGAAAGACCUGGCCAGCUUCACCACGGCCCCGGGCCACUGCAGACACCCGCUGGGUGGGCUGGAUUACCUCGAUCCCGCAGGCUUUAUGCACUCCUUUCAGUGA